GUCGGUGUGUUCGGUACCGAAAGGGUCUCAAUUAAUUUUCCGGAGACCCCGCGAAACAGGCCAUUUGCCCCGCCGCCGUCGCUUCAGCUUUGCUGACUUUCUCUCCUACCUUUUCUUCCCCUCUUUUCUUCUCUCUUUUUCUCUUCGUAGCUUGCCUUUCAUUCAUCGCACAGCACGCGCGCGCUUCAUAGCAAUCGGCAAUCAUGGUCGAAAACGUUCUUGAUGAUAUCUCCCACCGGAGGUACAACCCACUCCGCGGUUCUUCCAUUUUAGUCUCUCCCCACAGAACUAAGCGUCCUUGGCAAGGCGCACAAGAAAGCCCUUCCAAGACAACUCUGCCCACCUAUGACCCUGCUUGCUAUCUGUGCCCAGGCAACAAGCGUGCGCAAGGAGAUGCGAACCCCAAGUACGAAAAGACUUUCGUUUUCGUCAACGAUUACAGCGCUGUUAAGGAGGAGCAAGCACCAUAUAGCCCGGAAAAUGCAGAUGAUCUGGAAUCUUUCUUCUUGAAGGCAGAGCCUGUCACUGGCAAAUGUUAUGUGCUUACCUUCUCAGCAGCUCAUAACCUCACUUUGGCAGAUCUGUCUCCAGCUGAGAUUGCCCCCGUCAUUGACGCUUGGACCGAGAUCUACAGUGCACACCUGUCACCCAAGUCACCGUUGGCUGCUGUUGCCCCUGCGACCACCCUUCCCCCCAACUCCUCCACCGCAGAUCUGGCCAAGCCCAAGGAGCAAUAUCGGUAUAUGCAGAUCUUUGAGAACAAGGGCGCGGCUAUGGGGUGCUCGAACCCUCACCCCCAUGGGCAAGUCUGGACCACCAGCUCGCUACCCGAAGAGCCAGCGAUGGAGCUGGAACAACUUAAGAAAUACCGCAAAGAGCAUGGAGGCAAGCACAUGUUGGAAGAUUAUGCGGCCCUCGAAAGCCAGAAGAAGGAGCGAGUGGUGUUCGAGAACGGAGCAUUCCUGGUUGUCUGCCCCUGGUGGGGAGUUUGGCCAUUCGAGACGAUGAUUGUUAGCAAACAACACAAGCGUGCGCUCGUUGACCUGAACGCCAACGAGAAGGCACAGUUGGCCGAAGCCAUCGCGGAGGUCACCAGACGUUAUGAUAAUUUGUUCGAGACGCACUUCCCAUACAGCAUGGGUAUCCACCAGGCACCCCUCGAUGGGACUGAAGAGGAGAUUGAGUCUUCUUAUCUGCACUUGCACUUCUACCCUCCUUUGUUGCGCAGCGCCACUGUGCGGAAGUUUUUGGUUGGUUAUGAAAUGAUGGGAGAGCCUCAGCGAGAUAUCACCCCCGAGCAAGCGGCGGCAAGAUUAAGGAACUGCGGAGGAGAGCUGUAUAGGAAGAAGUUGGACGGAUAAGAUAUCACAGAGUAGGAUAGAAUAAUCUCGUAUCUUGAAUGAGUCACGGUGCACAGAAACAAUUUUUGGUUAGCCAUGGGUAUCUAAUAUUCUUUUUAAUUUCCUCCUUGUAACACCAGGACUGUAGGUAGGGUUGAUGCGAUCGACUAGGAACUCGAAAGAAAGAAAGAUGGAAGGGAUACAUCGAGGGAUAGGUUAACGUCUCGCAUGGAAAAAAUUUAGGCAGAGAGAUAGUUUUCCCUCUGUGUCAACAUCCAAGCCAGAGUCGAUGACGCAACAAUAAGAGGGCUCACGAAACGCCCCUUGAGUUGGGCACUACCGAAACCCAGCCACUCGCCAACAAAGUGUACCAAGGCGAUUCCGAAAGACCACAUAGCAAGGUCAUAUGUCACAGGGGUCGUGAUGUUGUAAGCUGCAUACAUUCGGAUCACGGCGGAGAGGAAAGUCCAGGUGCCAAAGGUGCGAGAGGAUAAGGGAUUGGUUAGCGGACGACCAU